ACAGGGAGAAGAGAUAGCGAGGGUGGACGACUUCAAAUAUUUAGGGUCAACAAUCCAGAGCAAUGGUGAGUGUGGUCAGGAAGUGAAGAAACGGGUCCAAGCAGGUUGGAACAGCUGGCGAAAGGUGUCUGGUGUGUUAUGUGACGGAAGAGUCUCUGCUAGGAUGAAGGGCAAAGUCUAAAAAACAGCGGUGAGGCCGGCCAUGAUGUACGGAUUAGAGACGGUGGCACUGAAGAAACAACAGGAAGCUGAACCGGAGGUGGCAGAAAUGAAGAUGUUGAGGUUCUCGCUCGGAGAAGCAGGUUGGAUGGGAUUAGAAAUGAGCUCAUUAGAGGGACAGCCAAAGUUGGAUGUUUUGGAGACAAGAUUCGAGAGAGCAGACUUCGAUGGUUUGGACAUGUUCAGAGGCGGAGGAGUGAGUAUAUUGGUAGAAGGAUGCUGAGGAUGGAGCUCCCAGGCAAAAGAACGAGAGGAAGACCAAAGAGAAGGUUUAUGGAUGUGGUGAGAGAGGAAGACAUGAGGGCAGUGGGGCUUAGAGAAGAAGAUGCAGGAGAUAGGCUAAGAUGGCAAAAGAUGACACGCUGUGGCGACCCCUAACGGGACAAGCCGAAAGGAAAAGAAGAAGAAUAAAAAGAAGCACUUAAAAGAUAUUCCCGAUUCAGAGGCUGAAUUUUAAGAGCUAUGAUUUGAAUUUUAAAGCUAGUCAUUGAUAGUCAAAACUUUGUCUACAUAUAUGACAAAAACCAAUUAUUUGUAAUGUAUCUCGUGCACCUACGUCAUCAAAUCACGUGACUUUUGUUUACGUCGCCGUAUUGCCGGUCUAACAAAGCAUUCUUCAAUGCUAAGUCAGUGAGAAGCGAUACGAAAAUACGUCUUAUAGCACGACGCCCAGAGUCUUGUCUGAUAUCGUUGGACAUUUAGAAGGUGAAAAUAAACGAAGGUGUGUGGAAAAAUUAGAUAAACUCGGCAUACAGGACCCGUAUCGAUUUUAUCGCCGAUAAGAAAUUGGACUGUUAAUUCGCUUCCGCUUGUCUCGGACAACUGGAUCUACACAUGGAUCUGGUGAGUAAGUCGUCGAGAUUUCCAUGGAAAACUUUGAAAGCGUAGAAAAGUCUGGACGCAUGCAAAUACUUAGUUGCUGGAUCUGUUCUCAAUCAGGAAUAAAUCCCACAUAGUGACGCGUUGACAGCUCGCGAAAACUGAAGCGUUCGGCCACAAGUUGACCUUUACCGGAAUCCAUUGAUCUUUUCAGCUAGUAUUCAAUAGAAAUACCAAUAUUUAAAAAAAUGACCCCUGGUUUUACACAAAAUCGCAUUCAGUAAUUAUGAUUGAAAAAAAAAAAAGAGGAUGGAGUCAUCUCCACGGAAUGUACACGGAAGCGAUUGCGGCCACACUUAACCUCCGUAAACCUCUCCGACAGACGUGUGGCCGCAACACGCUUCCGUGUACAUUGGAGGUGACUUCCUGCUGUUGUUUUUUUUCAAUACGCAUUGUUCUCAAAUGAGCCAAUUUGGCAUCAUAAAUACUUCUUGGUAAUUUGAGAUUGAGAAGAAUAAUUCCUACCAGAAAUGAAAUAAUCGCUACACAGUCGUGUGUAUUUGGUUGGGCCCAAUCCAUCACGUUUAGGUCCCAAAAUCCAUCGAUAUUUUCUGGUCUUUUCAGCUGGUAUUCCAUAGAAAGAUCUCUUUGAAUAUCUCUUUAAGGACCAGUGAAAUUGUCCAUAAUUAACCUAAAAUGUUAAUGUUUCAUGUUAAAGAGCCGACGCCGGCAUGGUUGUGGGCUGUGGUUGCCAUAGCAACGGGCAUGCUGAUGGCCCUGGCCCUGGUGAUCUUCCUGGUGGUGAGGCGGGUGAGGCGGCAGCGGCGGCAGAGAGAUGGGGGAGGUCAAGUGGCAGGAGGGCAGCGGAUUAACCACCGCUCCACCAGCACAAAUGGUAAAUCCAAGCCCUGGACGCCAAACCCCAUCCAGCAGGAGGCCAGGGGAAGGCCGGGCCAGGACAGGGACAAAGACAAGACAAGCGUCAGGAAAAAGAAGAAGGCCAAGGAUGCAGAGAAGAAGAGGAGGAGGGAACCAUUGGGAGAGGACGCCAUUAGGAUGAGGCCUCUGAAAAGGGAUCAGGACAUGGCCAGCGACACGGACGUCACGCAGAGCUCCCUGGAGGACGUGAGGACGUGCGGACGCCAGGAAGAAGUCAAACACUACAGGACGGGAGGACCGCAACCGUGCAGGCCGCUGCCAACUUCCUCCAGAGGGUGGGACCGGAACGCCAUGCCUCCACCUCUGCUUAGUCCUCCUCAGCAGUCUGCAGAAUGGUGCGGCCCUGAUGGGUCAGUGGUUCUGAUCCGUGCCGUGCGCAGUGGACUGGACCGAGUGGUUCUGGAGCUGCUCAGAGCUGGAGUGUCUGUCAACAACACUGAUCAUACUGGGAGGUCGGCCCUGCACUGGGCGUGCUCAGUCAACCACCUCUCCCUGACCAGGACUCUCAUUCGCUACGGUGCCGCUGUGGACCUCCAAGAUAAUAAGGGCGAGACGCCACUUUUCCUCUCCGCCUUCUACGGCUGCUACGACACCGCCAGGCUCCUGCUCCUCCACGGCGCCAACUUGGAGCUGCACGACCGUAGGGGGCGCCGUCCCGUAGACGUCGCCAGGGAAGGCCUGCACCACCAGGUCCUGGAGCUCCUGCUGGCCCACCAGAUCCAGAGGGAGCCCACCACCGUGGACGCAGCCAGUGACAUGCUUUGGGAGGAACGGGCGCUGAUGUACUCUCCGUGGGUCGGGACGCAAGGACGGAGUGCCUCUUUCUCCGGAAUCAUGGCACAUCGGGAUAUGACAUCCCCACAGAGUAACUGGUCCAUGGCCAGCGUCCAAUACCCAUCCCCUCAGAACUGGCGGCCGCAGCUCAACCAAUCAGCAACCGCCCUGGUGCCCCCCAGAGUCAUGGGUCGCUCGCCCCGGCCUAUCAGCACCUUGCAGGAGGUCACCUCGGAGGACGAGGACAGGGAGAGGCAUCAGGAAGCCCCCAGGGCGGUGACGCCUCACUUCCUGUCACCGCAACCGACCCCCCGGCAGCGGUCUUUCUCCUGUACACAGCAUGCGUUGCAGCGCCGCUCCAGUUCGCACCAGCUGGAACCCAACUACGUGAUUGUGACUGAAAGGACAGCCAACGAGCACAUAGAACGAGUGAUCGCGUCACCUCCGCCGGAACCCCCGGCCCAGUCGGACCGCCAGCUGCUCGCGAACAGCGGCGGCGGCGGCAAUGAUGCAAGUGCUAGAGCGGAGCAAGCUAAUCUUAGCACGUCAGUUCUGGAGCCCAAAUCUCGGGGGGAGAGGUCAACCAACGCCGCCGACGCCACACAGACCGCCUUGUAGAGAGAUGGAAGCAGCCUUUGUGAACAAUAUCCAAAUACUGUACAGUGAACCACCCAUUUACCGCAGAUGUUAUGUCCCAAAUAUUCACACGAUAGAUCCAAAUCUGGAAUAUGGAAAGACCAUAUUAAAAAAAAUUCAUACACGUUUCAAUGUAAUGCGAAUUGAAUGUAAUUGCCAUUUAAAAAUCCAAGAAAACAUGAUUGCUUCAUCAAAGAAACUACCAAGUCGGGGUGGGGAAGGGUCGCGACGCCAGACUUCCUUUGCAAAGUCAGCGUGGGGGUGCGGUUAUAGACUUUCGGGAUCAAACCUUACUGCCAUGAUCGAACGAAAAACUCAGAUUUGUCGCAAAUUAGCAUCUCUACCCGUCAAAUAUAAGAGGAUAAAAUUGUUCUAUUCAAAACAAACAAAACUUCGUAUGUUAGUUUUGAACAAGCCUUGAACUUCAAACCAAAAACAGCAGACUUCUUGUGUUCUUUUUGAGCAAAAUAUUUCGAGACAUUUUUUACGAGUCAGUAUAGAUAUUCCUACCAAAUAUGAUUAAGUGAAACUAACCAUCGCUAAAAAUUUUCUAUAGAAAUCUAUAGAAUUUGUACAGAACAACUUGUUCUGUAAAACUUUGGCUGUGAUUUUCUCUAGAAUUUCUAUCGAAAUUCUAGAGGACUUGGGUCCUAAAGUUCUAUAGUUCUUUGAUUUUUUUUUUUUUUAGAAAUGUUCUAUAGGAAAUUUUUAGGAGGGACUGGUCGCUGAAUUUUUGUUUAAAUUUGAGAGGUGCUAAAGAACUCUAAAAUGGCUGCUUCCAACCAAGAUGGCAGACUUGUUCUUUUUCCAGACACGGCUUCCUGAUACUUUUUGCCUAUUGACUACCAAAUUUAAUGUUCUGUGUGAUACGAGCAUCAAGGGCUGGAUUUGCUUUGGCCAUCUUCAUAGCUAGAGACAAAAGAACAUAAAGGGUCAAAAUAUUUGGCAACCCACACUACGCCACUGCUUUCAUGCAAAAAAAAAAAAUAAUAAUAAUAAAUUCUCCAGAACAGCCAAAGCCAAUGUAUAUAUAAUCUUACUUGGUGAUCUUUACUACAUUAUCAUCCAAUGUGUAUCAAUUGAAAGUAAUAUGAAAUAUAUUUGUACAAAAUACUUUUUGCCUCAUUUUUAACAAGGUUAUUAUGUCACUUUUAUUGUUGUUGCACUGCAGUGAAAAUACAAUUAAAUUAUAUUUUAUAUAUAUAUAUAUAUAUAUAUAUAAAAUAAAUAUAUUUUAUAUAUAUUUUAUAAAUUAUAUGGAAGUCAAUAUGUGCUACCAAGAUUCGAAAUAAAAACGCCGUCUCUUGAGAUUCAACCGGCUACAAUGGAGCUCGUGCACGUGACGUCACCAUUUUCACGGCGCCAUAUUGACGGUCAAACGGAGCUCCUCGACAUUGUGGGAGACGUUGAACCGGAGGAAAAUAUUUACAAUACCCGAGACCUGUUGGGCUGUUGGUUGUCACGACAGAUGGGACAGAUAUUCAAAGAGGUCGUUCUAUGGAAUACCAGACGAAAACACCAGAAAAGAUCGAUGGAUUUCGGCAAUUAAACGUGAUGGAUGGUGCCCAACCGAAAUACGCACACGCCUGUAAAGCCAUCGCUUCAUUUCAGGUAGAAAUUAUUCUUCUCAAUCUUAAAUUACCAAAAAUUAUUUAUAAUGCCAAGUUGGCUCAUUUGAGAACAAUGCGUGUUUAAAAAAAAAAAAAAAAAAAAAAAGAUUUAUUCCUGAGAACAGAUCAAGCAGCCAAGUAUUUGUAUGGGCCCAGACUUUUAGACGCUUUCAAACUUUUCCGUGUAAAUCUCAAAAAUUUACUCACCAGAUCCCUGUGGAGAUGAAGUUGUCUAAGACCAGCAGAAGCGAAGUAACAGUCCAAUUUCUGACCAGCGAAAACAUCGAUUUCGACAUUAAAUAUGGGUCCUCUAUGCCGCGUUUAUCUAAUUUUUCCACAUACCAUCGUUUAUUUUCACCUUCUAAAUGUCUGCCGGUAUCGGACAAGACUCUGGGCGUCGUGCUCCAAAACAUAUUUUCGUGUGGUCUCCAACCAACUUAGCAUUGAGCAAUGCUUAGCUUGACUGGCAAUAUGGCGACUUAAACAAAAGUCACGUGAUUUUAUGACGUAGGUGCACGAGGUCUAUUCGCUGUCUGAAAUUCACCGUCUAAAUUAAGUGUUAACAAGGCAGGCUUACUCCAGGUCAGAAACUAACACCCAGCCAAUCAAGAUACGCUUUCUUAGUCACGUGACGUCACAUACUAAGAAAGCGUAACUGGAUUGGCUGGUUUUUGGGUUACUUUUUGUAAAAAUAAAAAAGAAAAAUUUU